AUGGCUCCCAAGCGGAUUAUCAAGGUUUCUCAUCAAGACGAGGCUUCCUUUGUGCUCAUUCAAGUUUCUUCCAAAGGUUCCAAACCUUUGGAUUUGAAGUUAGUAGGCACGGAAGGAGAGGCACCCUAUGUUUGUUCGUUGAGGCAUGACCGCGUAGCCUCACUCCGCACAAAAAACUGCCCCGUCUCCGAAACGGAAUGGCAAAACAUCCUUCGCUUGAUCUUUGAGCAACAACCCCAGCCAGACAUCCAAGCUACAGCCACCAUACAAACCGAAUCCUCGCUGUCCAUCACCGUUCGGAAGCAAGUACAAGGAAUCACUCAACGUCUCGGCACCAUCACACUGAACCAUGACCCAGGCGAGGCGAUCGAGCUUCUUGACUGGUGCGCAAGUUCCGUAGACGCUGCGGCGCGCAGCAUCCAGACUGCAGGUGAUUACGCGGCCAAGCUGCAGGACCUGCAAGCGUCCGUCGACGAGCUCAAGUCGCAACUAGAGGAGCUGAUUCGGGCCAAGCAAGAGGACGAGCUGGAGCUUCUGCAGAAAUUCAGAAGUCUGUUGAAUGAGAAAAAGGUCAAGAUUAGAGAGCAGCAGAAGAUCAUCACCGAGCUGUCCGUCAAUGCGGGGGCGUGGGCGGCACCGUCCGUACGCGGGGGGUCUGAGGAGCCACCGGCGUCCGACAAGGCUGGUGGGCGCAAGAGCAAGGCGCCAAAGAGAAAAGCAAAGGCUGUGGAGAGUGACGACCUCGAGGAUGAUGUUGCCGCGGUUGUCAAGUCGGAGCCGGAGGACUCGGACGCUGGGCACACAACCGAGGAGACUGCUUCAGCGGCUGGUGGUGAUGAUGAUGAUGAUGAUGACGAUGACGACGAAGACGAGAAUAUGGGUGAGCCGCAGGAGCAAGCGGCGCCGGAGCCGCAGCUGAAAAAGAACCAGGCUGCGGGACCUCCCCCACCAAGGAGUUUGCCGUUUCAGAGCAAGAAGCCUGCUGCGGUGGUGAAUGAAUCAUCUGACGACGAGCUAUAG